GGUGAACCAAAGAAAAAGUAAGGGGGGGGGGGAAUCCAAAGAUUAUUUUCAGUGGGUGCACAAAUGCUGGUAUAGGUGCAAACUUACUUAUAGUUAUAGGUGUAGACAUCAAAUUUGUUAAGAAAUAUACUAAAAUUUAAAAUUAUUAUGGGGACAAGUGCAUCCAUGCAUAAUCCUAUCCUCUUCCUAGGUUUGCCAAUGGUUGAUGUUGAAAAUGCGUAAUAUAUAGGGAUUGGUAUCUUCCGCACGUAGCAAGUUUGGGAUAUUUAUGAUAGAUUUUUCACUAUCAUACAUGUAGAUGUAGGUGAAUUGUUUAAUUUAUACCAGUAAUUCUUGGUUGAGAUAACUAAUGUGUAAAAAGCUAAUUCCUACACAAGACUAGAGGGUUAUAGACUUAGUGUAUAUUAUAUAUGUCGUAAUGUACAAGCUGCUUGGAAAAUAUGGCUAGGGGAGAAAAUCUUAUAUACUACAUAUAUUUAACACAUGCCUACAUUAAUAUAUGUGUUUAUACAAAGGCAUUUCACUUUCAAUAUCGCUGCUUAAAUGAGCAAUUUCUGUGUAUCAUAUUCAUAUAGCUAUCAUUAGCUUUCGUCAAGAUUUGGAUAGAUUUCUCAUGGACCUUUGAUUUGUAGAUAAGACCUUAGUUUGUAAUAUAUUAGUUAUAUACUCACGUGGAUAUUGUGUGGAUUCAAAUGAAUUGCAUAUUAAUUGUUGGCUACAAAAGCAACAUGUGUCGGCUUGUUAAUAAAAUAUCUAAGAUCCUUUUCACAAUUAAAGUUCAAUAUUGACAGUUUAAAAUCAAGUUUUCGAUCUCGCAAGAGAAUUGCGGAGAAGAAGUUUCGUUGCUAUUAAGAGUUUGUAUCAAAUUUACGUACGCAUGGUCCUAUCAUCUUUGUCUUUUAGUUUAAAUUUCAGCUGUCUUGGGUGGACGUAAAUUUAAUAAGUGGUGAUUUGUCAUAUAUUUGUUCGUUACGUAAUCGCUGCGGGCGACAGCGGUAAGAAAAAAGUAACUUUAAGGAGAGCAAAGUAGCAUGGUGGAAACAUAAACAAUAGCUGGAAGUGAUCGCCGGUGUUAUUCAUGACGUCUUUCAUGGACGCUAAUAUUUUAGCGUCAUCACUUGUUAGCAAAAUGUAUGCCGCUUCUUUACCCAGCGACAAUAAAUAGCUCACUCACUGUCGUUUUGCUCUAUUAUUUGAUUCAGUCACCGUUGUGUUUUUCUAUCGUGACCGCUGACGCUGCGAUUGAUAAAAGAACAUGGCUGAUAUACGUCGAACUGUAUAUAACUGACAUUCGUAUGAAAUUGUGAAUGUAUAUUUUUGUUAAGUAAUUUUAAGUAGUGACAAAAAACAUAUAAAGAUUUUUUAGAUAAAAGUUUACGCGUAAAUCAGACCCUAUAAGUCCAUUAUGUUACCCAACAAAAUUUUGUCGUUGGGCCUCACAUAGGCCCUCCAAAAUAAUGUAUUUUGCUCCUCUCCUGAUCGAUCAUACAUCAUUGACAAGGUGUGGGGAGAAGAACAUAACCGGGACUCCACGCAAAGUGAACGAAAUAAUUAGUUCCAAGUGAAAACUUAAAAUCAUAUCUACAAUAUUCUACACAUAGAUUAACGGAAUUAUCGGCAGUACUGAUUACGUUGUUAGACCAUGUGGAUGUGGCAGGGGACGCGUUUAUAAUUGUUAUUCAUAACUUUUGUUAAUCAGUGCUUUCACUACUAUAAUGUAUCUUUAUAUAUAUGUAUAUAUCAUGGCAGCAGAUGUAUAUGAAUUACCAGUCAAUUAGGCUUUUGGCUGGUCAAAAAUGUAUAAUCUAAGAAUAUUUGACUAAUAAGUAUUUUGAUUCCACUAGCUCAGUGCACAUAUAAACGCUUAAUAAUUCAUUGUCAUCAUGAAGCCAUUAUAUUCUCACAACGUUAACCUUAAACUAUUGCCCAGUACUCUAAUCAUAUGUUUCUAAACACUAUAUAUGAGUUGUAAUCAUCUCUAUAUGUCUACAUGGUUCCACUGGUGAUGAGUGCUGAUAAUAUUUAAUGAAACAAUAUAUAAAGUAGAAAUAGCAGCUAUAAAGUGAUUCGAUUUCAAUAUUUAAAAGCACGUCCCCUCUCUCUAAUGUGUGCUGCUAAUUUGACUAAACCACUUAAGUCAUACCUCUCAACUAAUAAGCAGUCAUCUUAUUAGACCACGACAAAUAUAUAACAGUCAUACUAUAUACCUACAACUAUAAAAAGGCAUACGUGAUGCAGUUAAAAAAGAGUGGAGUUGGAAAUUUUCUUUCCUGGGGUCGGUUUAGAAAAAAAGUAUGGCAGAUUAUAGAGAAAUCUGGUUGCGUAAUCCUUAUUUCUUGCAAAGUAAACUGAGAGUAUGGUCUUUCUUCAACUGAAAACCGGUAGGCAAUACAUAUUUGAUGGGCUAUGUCUACCUUAAUUUGAAACUAGUUAGACAACUUGAAUCGAUUGAGCCAGGUUAAUCCUAGAUUUUCAGUCUAAUGCCAACCUUGGAUUACCAAUAUUGCAAAGAACUAUCGUAAGGCAAAUUAAAUAAUUUGAUAUCAAUACUAAUAAAAGAAACGAAUUCAUAUUUUAUUUUAGGUAGUGGACAUUGGGCGGUGCAAUGGGUCCCACUAAUUCAGUUACGUGUUUGUCAUAUAAUCUGAGUAAGGAAACCCAUGUGAACCAGGACUAAACCAGAAUUUCUCUUAAGAGGAGCGGAUGUUGAUGUCGAUGGCUAAAACUGAGACUGAAGAUCGACACCGAUACCAUGAAACAUGUUCCAAGCAUUUUAUUUAAUUUGUUUUGGUUUAGCCUUUUAGGCUACAAGUUUUUUUUUUGGACAAAACGCUACAACAUAUAUUAUACGAAUAAUGAUGUGAUACCAAAUAAGUAGAUAGUAUGUAUUGAUUUCUUGAUGAAUCUUGAAAAAGGUAAUCAUGUGAUUAUCUUUGACUUUCACGGUACUCCAACAGAAUUUUCAAUGACAUACUAUAAUUUUCUUUAAAAUAGAGUAAUUUUAUUAUAGAAUAAAUUCUGCUUCAAUAGUAUUUUAUAAUAAAAUAAUUAUAUUAUAAAGUAAUAUCAUUAAAAAAAAGUUAUUCAGUUUUAGGAAAAAUAUAAAGUAAAAUAUAAUGUGUCAUUAGAGAGAUGUUUAAAGUUAAUAAAAAUUAGUAACAAAACCUCUAUGUAGAUGUGGAAAGAUUGGAUAUACUACACUUAGAAAUCCAUAUAGUAUUUAUAAAUCCAAGUAAAAUAUGUAAAUCUGGAGGUUUUUUUUCGGAUUUGAGUCUUUGUAUUUUUAACUAAAAAAUCCAAACAAAUCUAUUCAAAUCUAUUAUAAAAUCAAAUAUAUUAGUAAAUCCGUACGAUUGAAUAACACUUGAUUUGAUAUAGAAUUUAUGAAUCACUAAACCAAUAACACAUGAUUUUAAUAUAGAUUUAAAAAUCACAUAAUUAAUAACACUAGAUUUAGUCUAGAUUUUCAAAUCUAUUAAAAUACAACAAUUAAUAACCCCUACUUAAAAACGUAAGCCGACAAUCUCAAUGAAAGGAUAAAAAGUGAUAAUGCGAACGAAGCAUUCACAUAAAUAUCGGCUUUUCAUGUUUCUCCCUUUUUCAAAAGAUCCAAAACCAAAAUAAAGUUUUGUGUCAUGCAUGUUUUGUUAAUGAGUACGUAUGUUUGUUAAAACAAUAGCUUUCAAACCUUAAUUUAAAUGUUUAUAUAAAUUUAAAUGUGUUUAUAUAAAACUUAAAGAAACUAACUAAAGAAAAAGUUGGCUGUAACGUAACUUAUAGAUGUCAUAAAAUUCAACUCUCAAUAUAUGUUGCCACUUGCCAAUCACCCCAUUGUAGUUAAUAAGUCAAGAAUUAUUCUUGGAUUCAUCUCCUACGGUGAAUUUACGGAUUCACUAACCAAUAUGAAUUAGUUAUUUUAUAUACAGUAUAUUUUAAAAAAGAAACAAAAUAUUACUCACUCCGUUUCAAAAUAGAUGAUGUUUUGGAGAGUUUAACAUGUUUCAAAAUACUUGAUGUUUUGAUAUUUUUAUAUUAGUUUUAGUUUUACAGAAAACUGUGUCACCAAUGAUGUUUUAUAGUGGGUUUUGUGAUUGGGUGAAUUAGUUUUAUUUUAUAUUUUUAAUGUUACUUUUUAGGCAAAAUAGUAUGUCUUAAUUCUUAUGCAUUCAUCUAAAAUAUCAAGUAUUUUGAAACAGAGGGAGUAUCAAUUUAUAUUAUGAUUUUAAAAAAAAUAAAUAAAAAAUACUACUAGUUGCAAACAAAAUAAUUUUAAAAAAAUAUUUUUAACGACGCAAGAAAAACACUAAAUCCUAAACCCUAAAUCUUAAACCCUUAGAUAAAUUCUAAACCUUUGGAUAAACUCUAAACUUUUGGGUAAACCAUAAAUUUUGGAUAAAUCCUAAACCCUAAAUCAAAAACAAUAAACACUAAACCCUUAAUCAUAACCCUUAAACCUUUGGAUUUAAUAUUUUAAGAUUUAGUGUUUAUUAUAUUUGAUUUAGAGUUUAUAAUUUAUCCAAGAAUUUAUACUUUAUCCAAGGAUUUUUGAUUUAUCGAAGGAUUUAGGGUUAACGAUUUAUGGUUUAGGGUUUAGUGUUCGGCUAACGACACUAAAAACAUUUUUUUAAACAUUUUUUUUUGUAACUAGUACUAUUUAUUUAUUCAUUUUUACUUUGUUGUUUUAAAAUUAUGAUAUAAAUUGAUAAUAUUUUUUAAAAAAGAUACUAAAUAUAAAAUAAUUAUUUUUUAUUAGACGAUUAACAUAGGUUCACAUCAGGAGGUGAACUCAAUAAUAAGUCGUAAGUCAAUUAUUACUAACCUAAUCAAUGAACCCAAUGAUUUAAAAUAAGACGGGAGAAUCUACCUUGUUGGAUUAUGGGUUUGAGAGAUUAGACUGCAUGGACAGCAAAACUCAUGUCAUAUAUGCUCUUAUCUACUUUUGUGUAUGUAGCUACGGUUUUUAUAUUCAACAUUUUUUUUUUUGUAAACUUUAUAUUCAACAUUUUCGUUCGUGGUUAACAAAUAAAUUCGCAUUGUUCCGUGAAAAAAUUAUCAAACGCGAUGCAAUUUAAUCUAAACAUGAAAAAGUUUUAUUCAUAUCUACAUGUAUCUUUAAAUAAAACUGAGAUACUGAUAAUUUGUGAAAUAGUACGUACAAUCGCAGAAUAACACACAAUAUUUUUUUUAAAUAUAUAAUUCUAUAGUCGAUCUAUUUUCUAUGUUUUUGAAACUCACUUCCAUCAUUCUAUUUUUUUAAUAAAAAAAUUCCAUUAAUCUAGUUACAGAAGGCUAUUUUCAAGCAAACAAAAAAUGCCUUCAGCGAAAAUAUAAUAAAGAAGUAGGCAUUGCUUUUUGUAUAAUAUUUAAGACUAUUUUCAAUGACACUCUAAGACCAUCUCCAAUCCAUACCUAUUUUUUCCUCUAUAAUUCUUACAAAAAUAGAGUAACUCUGUUAUAUGGUAAGUUUUGUUCUAAUAGUUUACUCUAUAAUAUAAUAACUCUAUUAUAGAAGAAAAAAUAGAGGGAUUCCACUUUUUCACUAUAUAUUUAGAGUGAAAAAGUGAAAUCCCUCUAUUUUCUCCUAUAUAAUAGAGUAACUCUAUUAUAGAGUAAACCAUUGGAGCAAAACUUACUCUAUAAUAGAGUUACUCUAUUUUUAUGGGAAUUAUAGAGGAAAAAAUAGAUAUGGAUUGGAGAUGCCCUAAUUUUUAUGCUAUAAUUUAUUCUAAAAUAAAAUAAUUCUCGUAUGGAGUAAUUUUUGCUCCAAUAAUGUUAUUUUAUAAUAGAGUUAUCAUAUUAUAUAAUGGAAUAUAAGUAAUAUAGAAAAAAAUAGAAUGCCAUUAAAGAUGCUAUAUAAUGGUGUUGAAUCUGAUUUUUGGAAUUUUCUUUCUCAAGUUCUAUGAGUAUUUUUUAAAUACAAAUUAGGUUAGAAAUCAUGUAGAAAAUUUACUUUAGAAUUUAGUCUCUAAAAUUUGUUGAUUUAGUUUUAAAGGAUGUAGCUUUAAAAUUUCUUACAACUAAAAAAAUGAGGCUUUAGAAAAUAAGAUUUUUACAACCAUUUUUUGUAUGUUUUUGCUAUAGCUUUAGUUUUUUGGUUGUAACUUUAAAAACUAAGAUAAAACAUAAUUGAUAAUAUUUAAAGUUGUAAAUAAAAAUUAAAGCUAAAGUCACUUCUUACAAUCCAACCAAUCACCCUCAAUAUCAUAAUUACAUUUAUUAAGAUAAUAUCAUGAAGCGAUACGUAUAGUUUAGAAGUGAUGAUUUUAUAAAGCAUCUUACAAAAUGCUAUAAAAAAUAUCAGAGCAUGAUUGGGUUUUAAUCAUUGCUCUAUGCAUGCUUGUUCUAAGGCCUCACGCCCUACAUCAUUAUUUUCUUGGUAAAAAUACACAUCUAUAAAAAUUCAAGUUUUCUUGUAACAUAAAAAUUCUAGUUAUGACAAAGAAAGCAUAAUCUUAAAGCAUAUAUAUGCUUAAUCUUAGAUUCAAGUUUUUUUUGUACUAUUUUGGUUAACUGUAUGAUCUUUAUAACUUACUAUGUAUUUUUAAUAUUAUAACUUUUAAAUGAAUGUAAAUUUUUAUUUACCAAUCAUUCAAAGAAAAUGAUUGAAUGAAUUUAUUAUGAAAAAAAUAAAAAAGUAAAAAUAUCAAAAUUACAAAAGUGGAAAAUGGUUGGAAGUGUCAAGUGAGGGUGGGGCUACACUUGGAUUGACGCACGCGCACCAUUCGCUUCCUUCCAAACGUACCGAUUGGAUAUUACAUUAGCUGUGUUCGGCGAGCAAAUUCUAAAACUAGUGUCAGCGAUCAAAAUUAAAGCGUGGAACUGAAGAAAGAUUAGCUGGAUUUAGUUGCAGCGUUAGUUUAAACUUUCAGAUAUAACAGACUUGGGGAUGCCGGAAAUCAAUAGCAUCACCGUUUCAUAAAAAUCCGGAAUCAACUUUUAAACGCCAGCGAUUCUUUUCUUUUUUUAUUUGUAUUCCGUUUUACCGUCGUCUGUGUUUAUUUAUGGUCUCCGGUCCCUAAGAGCAACUCCAAAGAGAGUUUGUAAAGGGUAUCCAAAUUUAAAAAAAAAAUGAAAAAUAAAAAGAAAAUAGAAAAGAGAAUCACAAAGUAUCUUCUUUUGUCAAUUUUAAAAAUCUUCUAUUCACCUCUAAUGUCAUGUGUCUUUCCAUCAAAUAAGCGUAUGAUUAACAUUGGUCUCUUAGUCGGGGUUCUUAAUUCAUGAUUUGCACUUUUUUAUUUAUUUUUUAAUAUAUUUUUCAACUAAAAGACGACUCUUAUAUCUCUUAUUUAAGAUACGGUUCUUACCUUUUCUUAGUUAAAAUCUAAAAAAAAUUAAGAAUUUUAUUUUAUCUGAAGCUAAGAACUCCAGUUAAGAGACUAGAGUUAAUCAUGGUCUAAGGAUAUGUUUCACCCCGGUUUUUUAACCGGAGUUCUUAAUUCAUGAUUUGACAUAUUUUUUUACACUUUUCGGUUAAAAGACAGUUCUUAUAUCUUUUAUAUCUCUUAUUUAAAAGAUGGUUUUUAAUUUUUUUUAGUAAACUAAGAAAAAAUAAAAAUCGUCUUUUAUCCGAAACUAAGAGCAUCAUUAAUGGUAUAGAUUCUUCAAAUAGUACCUCAACUAUUUGACAAUAAUAAAAUUUUAGUAUAAAAUUAAAAUUUUAAAAGUAAAAGACUAAAACAAUUAAUACAAUGACACCUAUGGUUUGGAUAUCUCGACCAUUUGAUGGAGUACCUUUAAGAAGGUACGUCUCUUUCUUUUUCAUAACCUUUUUUUUUUAUAAUAUUUACCAUUAUUUUUAGUAAAAAAAACCAGAGAGACUAGCAAUGCGGCUGCUCUAAAACCUUACUUAAGAGAUUGAAGUUAAUCAUAGUCUAAUGGAUCGAGCUGCUCUAAUGCUGCGUCUUCUAUAAUACGACACGUAGACCCCACUUCUGCUCCUUCCUUCCUCUGUUGCCUUCUAUUUUUUUCUCCUCCUUUCAUUUUUGGGAAAUUGGGCUAUAUAACCUUCAAACAAAUUAUAAUUCAUUACAUAACUAAAACUCCUAACUUUCAUCUACAGUACAUGUAUUUUAUGUAAUAAUGCUAUAUUACCCUUCAAUUCAACCUGUGUGACCUGCUGAAAGUUAUUUAUCAAAAAAAGUAUUAAAUAAAUAAUUUAAUAAAUUGUGGUUAUCAUUGUUCUACAUCUCUUUCUCUUCUUCUUCCUCUUCUCCUCCAAUCUCUGUUUCUUUUAUACAUACGAACACAAACCACUAGACUAAGAAAUAAUAUGGAUUUUGGGCUUGUGGAAUUGAGUUUGGAGGAGAAUAUGACACCGUAGACAACAACGAGCUGACAUCACAAUUGCAUUUUUUUUUUAGUUUUUUUCAAUGUUGUUCAUCUUGAUUUUUUUCAUUGUUAUUUAAAUUGUUAUAGUAUGCUGUAUUGAUAUGAUAUGAUGAAGAAUAAUUACUCUGGACUAGUGAAUGUGUGUAUCACCAUGUCUGUAAAAAGAGAAAGAUGUGAAGAAGAUGAACUCGUCGACUAUACUAUAUGUAGUGAAAGAAAAUUAUAGUAUAGUACGAUUCUUAUAUUUUUGUACAAUUCGCAAGUACCAAACUAAAUAGUAUGCUACGGUUGUUGUAUUAUUGUACCAUCGAUUGUUUGAUAAAUUCAUUAUUUAUCAGUUUCUUGUUUACAACUAUAUGUACUAUACUAUUUAUUUUGUUUUAUACUAUUUGAGUUUAGAGUUUAUACUUGGGUUUAGGUUUAAUGAUUAAAAUUUAGGGUUUAGUAUUUGGAAGGUGGGGGUUGAUGUUUGGGUUUAGUGACCGUAUUAUGUAUGUUCCAUUUGACGAUUAAAAAAUAGUGUUUUUUUUUGCUUACCAAUUUAUACUAUACUAUGUAUUUUGUUCCAUUCUAUUUGAGUUUAUAGUCUAUACUUGGGUUUAGGGUUUAGUGAUUAGGAUUUAGGGUUUAGUAUUUGGAAGGUGGGAGUUUAGGUUUGGGUUCAGUGAUAGCAUUUUUGGGUUUAGUAUUCAAAAGUUAGGUCUGAGUUUAGCAUUGAGGAGUUUUGUUUGGAUUUAGUUUAAUAUUAUAUAAUAUUAUAUAUUAUUUUCAGAUUUUGAUAAUUGGGUUUAAGGUUUAUAUUAGAGUUUAGGGUUCAGUAAUUGGGGUUUAGGGUUUAGUAUUUAGAUGGAAGGGUGAUGUUUAAAGUUUAGGGUUUAUUAUUUUGGAGUUGAGGUUUGGAUUAUAGUUUAGUAUUUACUAGGUGUGAGUGGAUUUUGAAUCCUAUUAUUUUUAGUAAUAUGAUAUAGAAAAAUUAGAUGUAUAUUUAUGUGUUAAAAAAAGUUUGGUGUUGAUUGAAUUACGUGUGAUAAUUAAUUAUGGGGUGUCAAAUUGUUGAUGUCAUCAGUUUCUCUCUCUAUUACUGACAACUUGAAUUAAAAAAGGGUAUUACCGGAUAGAAGUUGACAUAAUUGUUAUGGGUUUUAUUAUGUCAAAAUCAAUGCUAUGCACUUAAUUUCUUUUUCAAAUUUGGUCAUUUGGCUAAUUCACCCUUCAUUUUUUUCCUCCCAUUACUAAUACGAGAAAAAAAAAUCUAUUUUACUAAAAAUUGAUAACUAAUAUAUAUAACUUAUAUGAAAAAUAACAAUAGAAUUUCGAAUUUACUGUUUCAACGUAAUUUUAGGUUUAUAAGUUAGAUCAGCAUGCGCUUGAUGAACAAACAAAUGAAUACUUCUUUUUUUUUUUUAAGUUAAAAUCAGUUUUAAAAAAGUAGAAGUUUUCAUCAUCUCCAAUUAUUUUAAACCGUGAUGAUCUUGUGGUUGGAUUUAAAUGCACGAAUAGCCACGAGACUAAAUCACUAAUGAUUAAACAAACAAAAGCAUAUACUAUAGUAGUAAUAUAUGUAAUAAUAUAUUAUAUACUAAGAAAAGUCGCCACUCUCCUUGAGCAUACCACCCCACCUACCUAUACAUAUAUGCCAUCAAACUUCCACUUCUCCUUCACACCAAAAACAAUAUUCCCUUCUUUAGAUUCCCUCUUAACUAAGUAAACUCAUAAAAAAAGAGAGAAACAUAAACAUGAGAACGAUGGUUGAUCUAGGAAAGCAAAGAGAUCGUCUUCACCACCGCAUGCAAAUAAUAAACACUCCGACCACCGUCGAUUGCGCUCGUGAAAUUCGUCUCCGACGAACUCUACGUUCAUUCAUCGAAUGCAUGCUCCCAUACUGUUGCACUUACCAACAACAACCUGCUCAUUCGUACCAAAACGACACCGUUUCGGUCUCUUCCUCUACUUCCUCAGACCACUCCUCCUCAGACCACUCCUCCUCUUCCUCCAGCAUCGUAAGUGGAACUUUCUUCGGGCACCGUCGUGGCAGAGUCAGUUUCUGCCUUCAAGACGCCACCGUGGGAUCUCCGCCGCUUCUCCUCCUUGAGCUAGCUGUACCCACGGCCGCUUUAGCCAAGGAGAUGGAUCAAGAAGGUGUUCUACGCAUAGCCCUGGAGUGUGACCGUCGUCGAAGUAGCAGCAGCAACAACAGUCGUUCUUCCUCGAUCUUCGAUGUUCCUGUGUGGUCCAUGUACUGCAACGGAAGGAAGAUGGGGUUUGCUGUGAGGAGAAAGGUGACGGAGAACGAUGCCGUUUUGUUGAGGAUGAUGCAGUCUGUUUCAGUGGGAGCUGGUGUUGUGCCGUUGGAUGAGGAGGAGCAGACGCUUUACUUGAGAGCGAGGUUCGAGCGAGUCACUGGGUCGAGCGACUCGGAAUCGUUUCAUAUGAUGAAUCCUCGUGGUAGUUAUGGACAGGAGCUUAGUAUAUUUCUUUUGAGAUCGUGAGAUAUUGAGUAGUUUGGUUAUCCUAUAUUAAGAUUCUUGUCAGCUUUCUUGUUUCUUUUUCUAGUUCAUGUACAUUGUAUAGUAAAUUUACCAAAAGACUAAUAUAUGUAUAUGCAAUAUAUCAUACUAGGUGAUAACCCGCGCCUUACGCCGAAUAAAAUUAUUAAUUUUAAUAUU